CGACGAUAUUCAACUACAAUGGCAGCUCAAGGACCAUCUGAGCAAGAUGCUGUCGCCCUCUUCGAAGACGUGCAAAAGAAGUUUCCUCACAACACGCUGGGAGACGAUAAAUGGUACAUGGUGGUUCUCUCUGCUAUUGUUGGGGUAGAACCAGAACAUGCUGUGAGUUUGUACAGCUAUCUGCUCAAGAAGCCAGAAUUCUCCACAUCUGAAUCAAGGCAAACUCUUAUACGCCGGUUGCGGGAAGCAUUGGUGAAGAAUGUCGCUCUCCAGGGUGUCUGCAAGCCUCUCGAAGCUCUAUUUUCUAUCGCAAAAAUCGAACGGCCUGAGGAUAAGGACUACUCUUGUUCAAGGGAACAUUGGCAAGCAGGUCUACAAAACAGAGCUCGAGGAGAGAAGUGGCUUAAUACUAUCUACGAGGGCAAUCUUUCAACGGCUACGGAUCAAUUCGCUGCGCAUAGAGACUUCGAUUUUAUAUCGAGAGAGAUCACAUACGGCUUCUAUCUCUCGGAUCAUAGUAUCAUUUCGCCGUUGGAGACUGAGUUGGUGACUCUCUCCGGGAUCAUGAUUCAGAACCUUCCUCUCGAGACGGCAUGGCAUUUGCGGGGUACGAGGAGAGUUGGUGUUAGCAAGGAGGACGUGGAACUAGUGCAGCAAUGCGUGGAGAUGGUAGCAGCAUUCGCAGGUGCGAGACUCCACAAAAUUCCAAGGGUGGCGGACAUUGAGCAUGAGGUAUGACAAUGGAAUGGCCUCCUUUUGACUCGCGUUUCCUGUUUCGUGUUUCUCCUUUCGCGUUUCUCGUUUCUUGCUGGUACUCUAUUGUGAAUCGAUUCUCCUCCGUAAGUGGGGGUCAUGGAAAGUUGCAUCAAUUUUUGCAAUUUUUUUCUAGUCUCUUUCCGGUGCCACAUGGCGCGAUUUGUAGAAGCCCAC